AUGCGCCAGUUUCUGGCCGCCGUUCUCUUUUCUUGUCUGGCUUCCCUCGGCCUGGCUGCGGAUUACCACGAGCAGCUCAACCUCCGUCCGCUGCCCCUUUCGGCAUUGCUUGCAAGCUUCAACUUCCGGUCCAACACAUCACUGUCCGAUUUCGAGUCGCAAAAUUUCCGAUACUUUCCACGAUCGCUCGGACAGAUCCUACAGUAUGCCGGCACGAGAGAGCUACAUCUGAGGUUCAGCUUGGGACGAUGGGACGCCGAGAGUUGGGGGAGUCGGCCCUGGGACGGCCAGCGCGAGGGCGGAACGGGCGUGGAACUGUGGGCGUGGCUCGAGGCCGAGACGGAUGAGGAGGCUGAUCAGAAGUGGUUGACCCUCACCAAUGCUCUCUCGGGUCUCUUCUGCGCAUCACUCAACUUCGUCGACGGAACCCGAACCACCCGCCCCGUUAUGUCAUUUCAACCAGAGGGUGACCAUCCCGAGGCCUCUAUCCCGAACAUGCAGCUUCUACAUGGUGUCCUUCCGAAAGAGGUGGUCUGCACAGAGAACUUGACUCCUUUCUUGAAGUUGCUUCCCUGCAAAGGAAAGGCUGGCAUCUCAAGUCUCCUGGAUGGCCACAAGCUCUUCGACUCUUCCUUCCAGAGCAUGGCGAUUGACAUCAAGCCUGUGUGCCCCGAGGGUCAGGAGUGCAUUCUGCAAAUCGAACAGACAAUAGACAUGGUUCUCGACAUCGAUCGAUCCAAGCGUCCCCGAGACAACCCGAUCCCUCGCCCACCACCGAGCCAUGAACUGAAGUGCGACACCUCGAAACCCUACAACUCCGAUGACACGUGUUACCCGCUUGGUCUCACCACCGGUCAAGACUGGGCACUCUCCCAGCUGUUCGGCAAGUCCAUCAAGGGAACAUGCCCCCUGACGGAUGAGGACGUUCCUCCAGUGUGUAUUGAAGUGCCUCAUUCGAGAGGUGUCUUCACAUCUGGAGGAGCUGCAGAAAUUCUGAACCCAAACGGUGCAUCCAGAUGCUUUAAGAUUGGGUCAGAGUCGGAGCUCGAGAUUGUUCUUCCUCUUGAGAACAAGGAAGGUCAGGAUCCUACUAAGGAGCUUGUCGAGCCGCCUACCCCUCUCAUCUAUGCUGAGCGCAGUUUUACCGGACACGGUCAAGAACAUGGUGGCAUGCAGGCCAUUCUCACGAAUCCGAGCAAGGAUACUGAGGUGGAGUUUAUCUACAUGGAGUCGCUGCCUUGGUUCAUGAGGGUGUAUCUCCACACUCUGAACGCCCGUAUCGAAGGUUCUGCGGGUUCGCAACCGCCCGUUAUUGAGGACAUCUACUACCGCCCUGCUGUCGACCGUGCCAGAGGCACGCAACUCGAGUUGCGCAUGCGCAUUCCUCCCUCUUCAACUGUCUUCCUAACCUACGACUUUGAAAAGUCAAUUCUUCGCUACACGGAAUACCCGCCUGAUGCUAACCGCGGUUUCGAUAUUGCGGCGGCGGUCAUUACUACAUUGAGCCCACGUACGCAAAGUACGCGGACUACCACCCUGCUGCUGAACCUGCCAACACCAGACUUCAGUAUGCCAUACAAUGUCAUCAUCUUCACGUCGACAGCAAUUGCGCUCGCUUUCGGCGGCAUGUAUAAUAUCCUAGUUCGGAGACUGGUCGGCGCCGAUGAAGGCCCCAGCCCGGUUCUCAAGGCCAAAAUUGGCAGACUCUUGGGAAAGAUUAAGGGUUUACUCUCUAAGAAAUAG